AUGAAUAUUCCUAGUGAAUUCAAAUCAGUGACCGAUUAUGCUGUUAUUUGUGGAAAGCGAUGUCAAUUAUUUGAAAAUUUUUUAAGAGGAAAAAGAUUGAAGAAUUUUGAAGAUUGUUUAUGUAUUAUAUUUUAUAAGCUAGAUACAUGUGCAGAACAUGUAAAGGAUAACAUGUUUAAAUUAGAGAUUGAUAAAUCAGAUGAAUGA